AUGACCAUCGAGCUUUCUACCAGAAGUGAUAUGGCCCAGGGGGCCCGUGGUACAAGCGCGCUUUCUCCCAAAGUGCCUUACCACCACCCAGCGUCCUCGCCUUACAAACACCCAUUCGUCGCCAUCCGCAUUGAAGAUCACGAAUACGGCAUAUCGGAGGAGUGUUUGAAUAAUCACCAUAUAUUCAAGAAAACCCUUAUCGAAUCCAAAUAUACGCUUUCCUAUGUUCCUCAAGAUAUUGCUCACACAUUGAUGCAUUUUUUAUACACUGGCGCUUAUUCAACGACCAGCCGGUCCUCUCAAUACUUCAGAUCAACCAACGCCAGGGAAUACCAAAGAAGCGUGCAAGUGUAUCGUAUUUCCAGGAGAUACGGUCUUUACGAUCUCGAGGCGCUGGCGGAAGAUAAUAUGAACCACUUCGGGAACCAGAUGACCUUCCAUCAAGUUAUCAACGCGACCAGAACUGCCCUCUCUGUAUUCCCCCGUUCCGAAAUCCAGCUUCCGACAUAUGUGAAAGAACUUGUCCGGGACGAAUUAUUGAGUGGAAAUUCCAUCUCUCAUAUCACCGAUAAAACUGCCCUCAUGGACAUAGGCAACAGCCCAGAUCCCUUUACUGCGGUGAUCACGGAGGAAGUGAUUCUGAUCUUGUCAUCUCAUAUAUUUUCUUUGAGGUCCCAAAUUGAGAACCAGAGUGCUGAUGGGCACGAGGAUGAUAUCGAGAUAACGUCGGUCGCAGGGAGUGACAAGGACACAGGAGAAUACAUUAAAAUUGGGACUGCCGCAGAAGAGCACGAAUUCCAGCCUGAGUCCGAGCAUGAGCCUGAGUUGGCCGAACCUUACCCCGAGCCCGAGCCCGAGCCCGAAGAAUACCUAUAUCCUGAGCCCGAGCCUGAGCCUGUACCCACUGAACCUUGGCCUGAGCCCGUCCCUGAGCCUGAGUUGACGCCUGAAUCUGAGCCCGUCCCUGAGCCUGAGUUGACGCCUGAAUCUGAGCCCGUGCCUGAGCCUGAGCCCGAGGCGCCUGUCUACGAACAUGUCCUGGAAGAGCCUCCUCACAUUGAACCUCCAACCUCGGAUUUAUAUGAUAACUGGUCUCAGUUGAGCCCCAAGAAGCGAAAGAGCAGAGAGAAAAAACUAAGAGCAAGAAAACUUCCGAUCCCUGACAAAUACGGCAUGUUCUCGGGGCCACCAGUCUGA